GUCUCGACGUCGAUGUCAUGAACGACCGGACUUGCAACGGUGAGCUUCAUUUCUAUCAGGGAAGCCUACACUGCAACUUGUUGUAUACCAGAUCCAUGUCAUAGAUUCUGGUUCUAUUCCUUACAGUUUUCGAAUUCUUAAUUCCACAAAAUACAAGGCGUGACCUAGAGUUGCUGGCUAAUUAUAUUUAGGUGGCUAUCAAUCGUAUUGUUGCACUGGAUUCCAGCCAGCGAUGGCACGCUUUGCUAGGAAGUCGGUGGUGGGGGCUGGCGCUCGGUGCGGGUUUGCCGCAACGGCAUUGACGGGGCUGGGUAUAAGUUAUCACAAACGGGUCCAUGAUGACGUAAGGAAUACCUCGCUGACAUUUCUUUGCCCUAGCCGAGCUCAUAGCUGGAGGAAAGCUUCCUGCCAAUGCCUUGGUCAGUGGUCGUACGGCUGUCUUCUGCACGGAGCUUCUCAGCUCGGCUGCAGCUUCAAUGUACACCGGGGCCAAAGGUAUUAUUGGGGGAAUUCGAGGUAUUGUUGGCGGCCUCCUUGGUAUCUUCUUCGGAUUCUUCACAACGCCAGCUCAGAUAUCAGUUCCCAUAACGACACGCGGGCAAUGGACUGUUCAGGACUUCUCGGCAGCAGACACGCAGAACAAUUGCGAUUGCUCAGUUACAUACACCUGUCGCUACUCAGUGGGACCGCAGCCAUUUGAAGAAAUGUAAGAAGAUUGCUCUAACAUUUACCCGCUACGACAACCAACGGUAAGAACAAUGACGCUUUUCUUCUAGCGAGCUCACAUCGGAUAGGUGGGCAAUUGAUAAGGGACUCGGUGGGAGAACAGUGUAUCACGUCAAUCGUAAGUUAGAUCCCUCUACUCUAGCC